CACCUGAGAGAGCUGGAUCUGAGCUACAAUCACCCAGGACAAUCAUUAGUCAAGCUGCUCUCUGAUCCAAACUACAGACUGGACAAACUCAAUGUGGAUAAUGGAGGAGAGAUCAGGAUUACAACAGGACUGCAGAAAUAUGCAUGUGAUCUCGCACUGGAUUUAGACACAGCAAACACUUUCCUAACUCUGUCUGAGAGGAACAGAAAAGUGACACAUGUGAGAGAGAAGCAGCCGUAUCAUCGUCACCUAAACAGAUUUGAGUGUCAUCAGAUUCUGUGUGAAGAGAGUCUGUCUGGACGCUGUUACUGGGAGGCUGAAUGGAGCGGGAAGGAGGUUUAUGUAUCAGUGGCAAAUAAAGGCAUCAAAAAGGAAGGAUGGAGUAAUGACUGUUUGUUUGGACACAAUGAAAAGUCCUGGAGUCUGAAAUGUUUUAAUGAUGGUUUCACUGCCCGUCACAAUAAUAAGUGCACAGAAAUAUCUGUUCCUUCAUGUCUCUCUAAGAGAGUAGGAGUGUAUCUGGACUGGUCGGCCGGCACUCUGUCCUUCUACAGCGUCUCUGACACACACACACUCACACACUUACACACAUUCAACAGCACAUUCACUGAACCCCUCUAUGCUGGAUUUGGGUUUUAUUAUUACGAUACUUCAGUAUCUCUGUGUGAGAUCAAACAUCUUCCUGUGAGAAACACAGCUGAGUGAAGAAACACAUUAUCUCUCUUUACCUCUCACAGCUGUAAACUCUUUCUCUCUUAUCUUAUUUUCAGUGUGUAGAAACACACAUUGACUUGUGUUUUUAUAAAGACAUCUGAA